AUGAAUAGCGCUGACGAAAACGAGAGAAUUCAAGAAAUGUCAAGACCAGAAAGAGAUUCUGAUACUCAUGCCAUUAGAUCACUCGUACCGACACGUACUAGGCGACGUAUUAUUCAAAAUUAUAUGCUCGUGUGGUUGGAUACCAGUAUUGAUGAAUCUCAGGAAGAAUUUCGUAAAUCGCUAGCGAAUCUGCAAUGUAUUUUUAAUACCAUUGAUAUAUUCAUCGAUGUCGAUCAGUGUAUCGAAUUCCUCAAACAAAGUUGCGACGAAAAGAUCUUCUUGAUUGUCUCGGAUGUUUUAAGUCAAACAUUUGUUCCAUUGGUGCAUGACUUGCCGCAACUAGAUUCCAUCUUUAUUUUCUUUGAGAACAAGAUGAGCCAUGAAUAUAUGAUAAACAAAUGGUCUAAAGUGAGAGAUAAUUCCAGUCAGAUAGAUCUCAUAUGUAAAAGUCUACGAUACGCAACGAAUCUAGUUGAUCAAAACUCGGUAUCCGUAAGUAUUAUUUCAGGCAAUGCAGCAUCGUCAAAUCAAAAUCUUAUUCAAAUUGACCCAACAUUUCUGUACACUCAGCUGCUAAAAGAGAUUUUACUGGAAAUAAACUUUGAUGAAUCACAUUCCAUCCCAGAAUUUAUAGAAUUUUCGCGCAGUCGAUGUAUUGGCAAUUCAACUGAGUUAAACAAAAUUGAACAGUUCGAACAUGGUAAUCAUGAUCAUGCACCUAUCUGGUGGUAUACAUUCGAAUGCUCUUUUCUCUACAGGGCACUUAAUCGAGCGUUGGGUCAUUUAGAACUAGAUACACUUCUCAAGAUGGGUUUCUUUAUUCACGAUCUUCAUCAGCAUAUCGUACAGCUCCACAACGAACAACAACAAUUAUCUGAUUCGCAUACAGCUAGCUCAUUUUUGGUUUACCGUGGUCAGGGAUUGUCCACAGAAGACUUUGACAAGCUGAAAAAUUCCGAAGGAGGACUAAUAUCCUUUAAUAAUUUUCUUUCUACGAGUUUAGAGCAACAAGUGGCACUAGAGUUUAUUGAGCGUGUUCGCGCCAAAGCUGAAAAAAUACCUGUCUUAUUCGUGAUGACAGUCGAUCCAAAAACAACAAUGUCUACGACUAGUCCAUUUGCUCUUAUCGAUCAAGUGAGUUGCUUUGAAAACGAACGAGAAAUACUCUUCUCAAUGAAUAGUGUUUUUCGUAUUGAUGAGACCAAAGAAAUGGACGGUAUUAAUCGUGGUCUAUGGCAAGUGAAGCUUACACUCACUGGUAGCGAUAGUGAUCCACAAUUCGCUGCUCUCAUUAAUUGUCUAAGAGCAGAGAAUACUGGAUCAACGGGAUGGACUCGUCUCGGAGAACUUUUAAUCAAACUUAGCAAAUACGACAAAGCAGCAGAACUCUAUAAAGCAUUAAUAGAAACGACGACAGAUGAAAAAUGGAACGCUCAUUAUUAUUAUAUGCUAGGGUUGGUGGAAUUUGCCCGCGGAGCAUACGCAGAGUCGAUAUCAUUAUAUGAAAAAGCUCUUGAAAUCUUUCUAAAAGAUCUCACACCUAAUGAUACGAACUUGGCCUCUGCCUAUAAUAACAUCGGGUUGGUAUACGCAACCAUAAGUGAUUAUCCAAAAGCACUAACAUUUUACAAAAAAGCACUGGAGAAAAAACAAAAAAUACUUCCACUAAAUCAUCCGAAUUUAACUUCAACAUAUAAUAACAUUGGCUUAGUAUAUUAUAACUUGUGUGAUUAUACAAAAGCUUUAUCGUUUUACGAAAUAUCAGUUGAAAUUCAGAAAAUCGCGCUUCCUUCCUACCAUCCUGACUUAGCUAAAUCUUACAGAUGCAUAGCCAUGGCGUAUCAUAAGUUAGGACACUUUACAAAAUCACUUGAAUAUUACGAUAAAACAAUUGACAUUCAGAAAAAAUCACUUCCACCUAAUCAUCCAGAAAUAGCCACAUCAUUAAAUACCACCGGUGAAGUUUACAGAGAUAUGGGUGACUAUUUAAAAGCACUUUCAUGUUAUAAACAAGCAUUGGAAAUGAAAGAAAAAUCUCUUUCUUCUAGCGAUCCAGAAUUAGUUUCUUCUUAUGCCAGCAUGGGAGAUGUAAAUUUAAAAAUGGGUGCCUAUUCAACAGCACUUUCUUGUUAUGAGAAAGCAAUGGAAAUCCAAGAAAAAUAUUUCCCAUCCAAUCAUCCAGUUUUCGCUGCUGCCUGCAUGAACAUGGGCAAUGUUAAUUGUUGUAUGGGUAACUAUUCGAUAGCUAUUUCUUUUUAUGAAAAAUCAAUUGAGAUUCACAAGAAAAUUCUUACACCUAAUCAGCACGAUUUGGUUUCUUGCUACUAUAACAUUGGUAUAUUGUAUCAUAACAUGGGAAACUAUGCAGCAGCGCUAUCAUUUCUCAAACCUUGUCUCGAAAUGCAAGAUACAUUACUGGUGAAGGAACAAUUAACUUAUGCUUUCGUAUAUCAUGGCUUGGGAAGAGUAUAUCAAAGUAUGAACGAUUACACAACAUCCAUGGUUUUUUAUCAAAAAGCACUUGCCAUUCGUGAAUCUAUGCUUUCUUCAAAACAUCCAGAUUUAGCUACUGCAUAUAAUAGUAUCGGUGAUAUUCAUCGACUGAGUGGCCAAUACGAAUUAGCUUUAUCAUUUCAUCGAAAAGCUCUUGACAUACAACAAAAUGCGGUUUGUAAUGAACUAGAAACUGCUACGACAUGCAAUAGUUUGGCAGAAACUCUUCGAGAAAUGCAAGAUUAUACAUCUGCAUUAGUAUACUACGAGAUGACAUUGAAAAUUCGUGAAAAGCUACUUCCAAAACUACAUGUUGAUUUAGCUGUUGUACAUCAUAGUUUGGCUCAAAUUUACUAUGCAAAUAAACAGUAUUGUUCGGCAAUGGAACAUGUUAAGCUCGCCCUUGAAAUAGUACAACAAAGUUUACCUGAAAAUCAUCCAUAUAUGUUGAGCUACACAGAAACACUCCAAAAAGUUCAAAAGGCAUUGUAA